GCAGGCGCGGCGGCCGGCGAGGAGCGGACGCAGCCCGCGAGGAUGGUGCUGGAGAGCGUGGCCCGCAUCGUCAAGGUGCAGCUUCCCGCAUACCUCAAGCGGCUUCCCGUCCCCGACAGCAUUUCCGGGUUCGCCCGGCUCACAGUUUCAGAAUGGCUGCGCUUGCUGCCCUUCCUUGGGGUGCUCGCCCUGCUCGGCUACCUCGCCGUUCGUCCAUUCCUCCCGAAGAAAAAACAACAGAAGGACAGCUUGAUUAAUCUGAAAAUACAAAAGGAAAACCCUAAAGUGGUGAAUGAAAUAAACAUUGAAGAUUUGUGUCAUACCAAAGCAGCUUAUUGUAGAUGCUGGCGCUCAAAGACGUUUCCUACCUGUGAUGGUUCACAUAAUAAACACAAUGAAUUGACAGGAGAUAAUGUGGGUCCACUAAUAUUGAAGAAGAAAGAAGUAUAAUAGUUAUGAAUUAGGAUUGAAUUCAAUUGUGUGCUGUAAAAUCUUAUAACAGUAUUUUUUCAUUCUUUGUGUAUAGAAGAUCUUUCAAAUGGUGGUCUUAAUUAUUGCUACUGGUUGAAUAAUUAUUUCUGCCAAUUUAUUUUCUUGCUACAUUACUUUUAUAUUUGAUACUUUGUAUAUUCAGUCAUUUAUAUAGAAGUUGUGCAAGUCUUUCAUUCUGACUUCAAAGAAUUAGUGUAUCUUCCUACAAUAAAACCAACACUUUUGAUUUUAAUUGAGAAAAGCAUAAGUUUUUGGCAGUGGGUCCAAAGUUAUUUCUUUGAGUAUCAAUAUUUUCAACAGAAUCUAUACUUUAAAUUUUUCUCUCUACCCUAUUAAAUAUUUUUCAGUUCUCUUCUGUUUUGAUCAUUUGAAGUGAAUUUUUUCCCUUUUGGCUUUUCACACUCCAUUUUUUUUAGAUCGAUAAGAAAAAUACUGCUCUCAAGAAUUACUUGAGUUUUCAAAGAGUUAAACUCUUGAUUUGUAGAAAUUGUUGUCUAAUAAAUAUGUAUCUCGAUUUCAGAAAAGACAUGAACUGGAUAUAAAAAGUUCCAAUAUUGAACACUUAUUUACGUUAUUAAAGAUGUGUUUACUUUACGACAGG